UUGGGGGUUUUUGUUUGUUUGUUUUGUGUGUGAAUUUUUACGGUUUGUUUCAGAAGAUGGCAGUAGCAGCCGCCACUCAGAGAACAGAGUGGAAAAGAGGACGAAGAAGAAAGCAGGCAGCUAACUUUAGUCGCUGUUUAUUUUCGUUGACAGCUGAGAAAACUUCAGUAUCAUUUCGGCAUUUUUCUAAUUUGAGGUUUUUGCUGUAAGCUGAAGCUUUGGCCUCUGCUGUUAAACUGCUGUGUGCGGGCAGGUACGUUAGUUUGUUUUCACGGGACACUGGUCAGAGAAACGUUACGUAGUUAUUGUCAAACUCCACUCGUACAUAUCCAAUUAUGGUGACCUCGGAGGCAAGAAACACGUUGCUAAAACCAAAUAUGAGUUGAACUGAAACCUGGAGCUACACAACGAAACAGGAUUUGGACUUAUCCAGCAGGAUAUACCCCCAUGGUGUGAUGCGAGCUCCUCUGCGUUGGGUGCUAUGGGAUGUGAAGGACACCCUGCUGAAGGUGCGCUCAUCUGUGGGAGAGCAGUACUGCAAGGAGGCAGAGCGUAUGGGCUUGAGCCUCAGUCCUGUGGAGGUCGACGCUGCUUUCCGGCAGGUUUAUCGACAGUAUUCCAGUAGAUACCCAAACUAUGGCAUCAGUCAGGGCCUGAAUGGACAGUCAUGGUGGAGGGGGGUGGUGCGGGACACUCUCUCUCAGUGUGGUGUACAGGAGCCAGACUUGCUAAACACAGUAGCCAACAAUCUUUACCAUAACUUCUGCAGCGCAGAUAACUGGGAGGUAUUUCCAGACUCAAAGAAGGCUCUGGAGAGUUGUUCUUCUCUUGGACUGAAGCUGGGUGUGGUGUCCAACUUUGACAACCGCCUGGAAGCAAUCUUACACGUUUGUGGGCUGUUGUCAUACUUUAGCUUUUUAAUAACAUCAGAAGAGGCUGGUGUAGCAAAGCCCAGUCCGGCCAUCUUUAGUCAGGCACUGCAAAAAUGUGGUGUGCCAGCUGAUAGAGUAGCUCAUAUUGGGGACCAUUAUGUUAAUGAUUACCUCACUUCUCGGUCUAUGGGUAUUCACGGCUUCCUUUUAGACAGACAUAAGGAUGGCCAACUCGAUGUUCCUAGGGAGCAUCGGCUGAUUUCACUGGAUGAGCUGCCGUCACGGCUCCAGCAGCAUAUGAACUAACAUGAGUCAUAAGAUAAGAUAACUUUUAGUCCCACACGUGGGAAAUUUGUUUGGUUACAGUAGAAACAAACUGUGUCAAGUGAAAUCUACUCAGAACAAACUGGCUUAAUUAGCGAAAUAAUGUAUGGACUGUUGACUUAAGUAUAUCAAACUACUUCAUUUUCAUAAGACAAAUGAAAUGCUGAUAGAAAAAUGUAAAGAAAUCUUAACAUAUUGUAUAGUUAUAUGUUUCAUGUCUUUGUAUUAUAAAAUAUGUUGGGAAAAAUAAGCCUCUAACUAUACUGUGUCUCUGAAAAUAGAGAAUAUGAAGUGAGGCAGCAAACUGUCAGACCUUCGACAAGGUUCUGAAAACAUUCCUGAGAGAUUGUGGUCCAUGUUGAUAUGAUGGGAUGCAAUUGCCAUAUGCUGUUUGGCACGUGCGCAUCCAUGAUGCAAAUCUCCUGUUCCCCACAUCCCAAAGGUGCUCUGUUGGAUCAAGGUGUGGAGACUAGAGCCCAUUUUAGUGCAUUGCCAUGUCCAAGAGAACUAUUUCAGAUGAUCUGAGCUUUGUGACAUUAGAAGAUGGGAACACUGUGGUCAUAAAAGAGUGGACAUGUUGCGCAAUAAUAAUCGGCUCAUUUGGUACAGUGUCCCAAAGGGUAGAUUCAUGGUUUUCUGGUGUUUUAAGCCAAAUUCUGACCCUACCAACUGACUGUCACAGCAGAAAUCGAGGCUCAUCAAACGAGGCAACUUUCUUUUCCUAAUCUACUGUCCAAAUGUGUUAAUUUUCCUGCUUGACUGAAGUCCCUGUGUGGUCGUCAAGGUUCAAGGUGUUAUGCGUUCAGCAAUGCUGUUCUGCAUACCUUGGAUGUAACGUGUUUUGAUGCUGUUGCCUUCCUAUCAGCUCAAAGGAGUCUGGUUAUUCUCUGACCUGUAGUAGCCACAGUGCAUUUUCUGCAAGAGAACUGCUGCUCACCAGGUAUUUUCUCUUUAAUCAACUAUUCUCUGUAAACCCUAAAGAUGCUUGUUUGGGAAAGAUCCCAGUUGAUCAGUGGUUUCUGAAAUAAUAAGACCAGCACAAAUAACCAGUGAGGUCGUAUUGAGCACAUCUAUAUGGCUGUGUGCAUUGACUUGAUUUAUAUUUUAUUG